CGGAUCUCUUCUAUUUGACCGAGAUGUUUUUGCUCGGUCUCGCGAGAUGACGCCGAGUUGAGUAUAUAUAUAAUACUACACACCUUCGCUUUCUUGCAUACAUAACUUGCAGACUACAUCGUCUACUAGUAACACUUGUCUGUCCAUAGUUUGAUUCGCUACCUAUCGUUCUUGGUAUUAUGGGGGCGUUACGCUCCUUUGUUAUUCUCGGAACUCUUGUGUCUCCAGCUCUUUCCACCGCAGUUCCGCUUACACGACCCCGAGCGGUUGCAGGUCAAGGUUGGUCACUGCAGUCGGGAACAUGUCCUGCCGAUACAAAAUCCUGCGGUAACGAGUCUUGCUGCCCUUCGACGUCAAACUGCCAAGCUACCGGGAAUGGUGAAGUGGAAGCCUGCUGCCCUACUACAAGUAAUUGCCGAGGCAGUGUUGAGGGUGCACCAAGUUGCGCGAGCGCUGCUUGGUCGUUAUGGACGGGAAGCUUUGGGAAUGGAUUUUGCUGCGAAGUCGGUUUGACUGGAGCCUUUGUUAACGGAGGAUCGGUUGCCGGUAUUUGCGUGACCUCUGUUCCUUCCGGAUACUCUAUGGCUUCGCUGGUUAGCAAAGGAACGGGAACUCCGGUUACUUCUACCCCUCCAACGUCGUCAACUUCAUCAUCUGCCCAGACGACGACUAAAGCAAGUUCUACAAAGUCGACUACUUCUGGACCAACAUCAACUACAGUGCCGAGAGCGGUAUUCGCUCACUAUAUGGUCGGAUCGAUGACGGCAGCAGAAGCUGUGCAGGAUGUUACAGAUGCAAAAGCAGUAGGCUUCGACGCUUUUGCUCUGAACACUCAUGAUAUCACAGAUCCCUGGGCUCUGGAAGCGAUAGGGUACCUGUUUGAUGCCGCUGACCAAUAUGGCUUCAAGCUAUUUAUGUCGUUUGACAUGAGCUGGCAUACUAUCUCUCCAUCGCAGAUCCCAUCGUUCUUGCUCAACUACACUUCUCGCGCUUCUUAUUACACCAUUUCCGGCAGGCCUCUCGUGAGUACUUACGAUGGUGGCUUCAUUGCAAACUCCGACUGGCUCUUGGGCUUUAAGCAGCCACUAACGGCCCAAGGCAUCAACCCAUACUUUAUUCCCAACUUUGGCGACUGGAGUGGCUGGCCGAGUAACUUUUUUUCAACUUAUACUGUUGCCGAUGGUGUCUUCAGCUGGGAGUCUGCGUGGCCUGCUCCAGGUACCACCAUAUCCAAUGUAUCUGAUAGCGUUGAUCAGAAUCUUCUCCAGCAAGCACGGGCCGCUGGUAAAGUAUUUUUGAUGCCUGUGUCCAGUUUCCAGUUCAAAUAUCUUGGCCCUGGCCAAGACUGGUACCGCAUUGGAGAAGUCAACUUGCCACAGCGAUUCGAACAAGUGCUGGAUUUGCAACCAGAUUUGGUAGAGCUAAUUACCUGGAAUGACGCAGGAGAAGGGCAUUAUAUCGGAAACUUUUUCCAGGGACAAAUCGAUGGCUCAACAAUUGGCAACUACGCCAAUGGAUUCGAUCAUACAGGUUGGCAACAGCUGGUGUCACCAUUCAUCAGGGCAUACAAAGGCGGCACAGCUACAAGUGGCAGUCAGAUCCUGCCUCCAGGAUCGGGUCCUGUGGGCUCAUUAUGGUAUCGCACACUGCUGACCAGCGCCAGCUGUUCAUCCACGAUUCAGAAUUACCAACAGGGCCAAGACACGGUUAACUUCGCUGUCCUGUUGCCCUCAAGUGGGUACACGAUCAAAGUGUAUAGUAAUAACGGGCUAAUUGGCAGCUUUGCUGGCACUGUUGGGCUCAAUUACCGCGCUGUGCCUGGGCUGAGCGUUGGUGGCGGGCAGUAUAUCCAAAUUGUGAAUAGCGCUGGUUCUGUGGUUGCAUCGGCCACGGGUACGAAGCAGGUGGCGGCCCAGAGUUCUAACGCUACCUGUAACUGGAAUUACGAGGUCGUUGGCCUCUCAUAGGUCAUUUUGUUCCUCAAUAGAAUAAAGUCGAAAUGUUGAGGACCAGGCUCAUG